CAAAAUAAAUAGUAAUUUAGUUUAAAUUUCCAUCUUUUUCGAACCCGUACGUAUGGUUUGUUUAUCCUGUUAUAGCGGUCCAUUCCUCCUUUGAUGACUCGCACUAGAGAAAGCCUCAAUUUUCCGAUGUGAGUUUAGUGCACGGAAUCCACUUAAAUAUGACACUAUUUGUCAUUAUCCAACAAUUUAGCACAGAGUAAUUUCAAAAUCAAAAUUUUCCCCCUUUUCCAAUUUGUAUAGGGUUUACUCUUCACAAAUUCAACACCAAAAUCUCCAUAUAAAAAUCCAAAAUACACUAAAUUGAUACCCAAGAUUUGGGUUUUUUUUAAGCUAUAGCACACAACAACAACAAUGGAGAAUGGUGAAGGAACGAAUGGGAAAAGGAUAAGGGCUGAAGAUGUUAUAUGUAAGAUCAAAGACGAUGGCGAUUUCGAUAAACUUCGAAUCAAAAUUGUCCGCAGAAUGAAGGAAAAUGUAGAGUUGCGAAAUAGCAUAAUAGCAACAGUGAAAGAAUCAGCAGCACUUAACCGUCCAGGUGCAGAAAAUAUGAAACUAAGGCAACUGUCCGAUGCUAUAUAUCAAGAAGUUGGGGACAAAGUCAUGGGCAAAAUUUCAGAUGAUUUGUGGAAUACAAUCAGAACCGGUGAUGACAUUCAAAUGGAGAUAACCCAAACGGUUCAAUCAGUUUACAAUAAGUUGUUGAACCCACAGCUAAAUGAAGCUGGUGAAUUGGCCACUCAUUCAGACUUGCAGCCAGCUCAAAAUAGAGUUGAAAGUAAUGGACAUAUUGCUGUUUCGGACAGUGGUAUUGAUGCCACAUUUUCUGUUGAGGCGGAGCCAAGUGAACCUCCUGGUUUUGCCCGACUAAGUUCAAAUCAGAACAGCAAAAGUGACCAUAAGGAAUCACCAAAAAAAGAGGCGGAAAUUCCUGUUCCUUCUAAUGGAAAAUCAAGAGAAACACAUGCCCAGUCAGAGAAAAAUUGCUCACUUGACCCUUUGGUACCCAACAGUGUGGAUGUGGUUGCGCCACCUGGCUAUGCUAUAGGCACGAAAGAGAAGAAUCCAGAUGAUGCUAAUGAUGAAGAUCCUGAAGUGCCUCCAGGAUUUGGCUGAUGGCUUAUUAAGUUAUUGUUAUAAUUCUGUUUAUAUUUUUUGGAAAAGGUUAGCCAUAUUCGGUUGGUCAUUGUCGUAUCAAGUUCAAGAAGCUUGUGUUGACACUUGCAGAGAGUACUUUACUUUGACUGCGUCGGCUAGCAGCUCAUGACCUCUCUUUCUUCAAUUUCCUGAGUGACAAUCUUGAUGCUAGUGAUGAUAUCGAUCGUGACCUUGAUACAGAGCUGGAACUGCUAACUAGGAUGAAUGGGUUUGUUUUUCCUAAAUUUUUAGGAGUUGAUGCUGUCAAUUGGACAAAGGAAAAUUAGUUGCUCAUACCAUUUGGCAAGAAGGUAUGCAACACUAACUUCAGGUACAAGAAGUGUUAUUUAUUGGUUUUAUAAAGUUCCCAGCAUGUUUUUUUGAGAUUCAAAAUUUAGGUUUGUUUGCCUAAACAUCCUUGUAAUAUGUUUCGAAAUUUAGGUUUGUUUGCCUAAACACUCUUAAAUUGUGUUUCGGAAUCUAGGUUUGUUUGCCUAAACACUCUUGUAAUAUGAAUUGGAAUUUUGGUUUGUUUGUCUAAACACUCGUGUAAUAUGAUUCAGUUGCGAAUACAUUUGUUUUUAUAGAAUAGAAAUUUAUGGUUCUGCAA